AUGCCUGGUGAGUGGAAGUGGCCUCGGACCAUAAGCGGGACUACGGACGCCCUCUAUGCCGCGCGGGAUGAGCUCACCGAUCCAGUCCUCAGCGGUGGCAGCCAAGCCAGCCUGCAAGGCUCGACGUCACCAACCUUCCAACUUCGGCAAAAAAACGCCCCGCGCCGCAACCCAGCCUACGACUCAUCUUUGCCGAAGGCUGCCAAGCCGGAGGGUCGCGCCGCAAAGCCGGCGGACCGCGCCGCCAAGCAGGCGGCCAAGCUAGACGAGAAGGAGGCGCGCGAGCGGCGCAAGGCCAUCGGCGACGCCAUCAAGGAAGGGAUGCGGCUUCCCGCAGAGCCCGGCACGCUCACCUUUCGCGGUGUGCGGCCGGCCGUGAUGGACCUCAUCUUCCAGGGCGCGCUUCCGUCCGCCGCCGCCUCCGCCUCCGUCCAGCUCACGCAGCCGCAGCUAGUGGCCGUCUUUGGCACCACCAAGAUUGAAAAGGGCGGCUCGCGCGACGCGAGGUACGUGUGCGAGCGGGCGACUGCGCGCUACGACUCGGCGACCAUGGUGCUGCACUUGGACUACUUUCCAAAGCACACUGGGUCGGGCGUGUGGUGGCGCAACUGAACGGUAAAAGUACCAGGCCGCGUGGCGCCGCACGCAGCAGCGUUGACGCAAGAGCUUCUCUUUUGUAAUCGCAUUGUGUGUCCGCUAUAUGCGCGCGUCGGCGUGAGCGGUUCGGCGUUCGACUGUGUGUGAGAGCCCCCUGUGUGACACACGCAUCUCGCAUGUCCAUGUGUUGCCGGGAUGUGAAAGAUAGGGGGGGGGGGGGGGGCAUCCUUAGGUUCGCCUCUCACACCCUCACUGUCUGUGUCCGAGCUUCUUGUUUCCGCUUAUCAACGCCUAUAACGGUG